GAAGUGCUAUCCUGUCAGUCAUCUAUAAAUUAGGGAUUGUGAUAGGCUUCUUGCUUACCCACCUGUUUAGCUAAGAUGAGCACCUUAGCAGGGCUGCUCUUGCUCAUUUCUUCCUGGCCUAGGUUUUGGUCUCUCGUUGCUCCAGACCCCGGGGUGCUCUCCGAAGGGAAGACCCACUUACUACAGGCCCGUGAGCUGGCUCGGCACCCCCGCUACGGUCUGUGCUGGACGGGGGUCUUGGAGCAGCUAGAGGCGGGGUGCAAGGAGCUCGAUGAGGAGGAGCAGAGCCGGAUUGCGCUGGCAUUUGCGCAUUGCCACCUUGAAAGGUCCGGUAAGCGUUUCCCACCGUGUCCCCCUGCCAGCUCGAUCCGGGACUGCACGCAGGACAUGGACUCUGUGGCCUUCGGCGUCUACACGGAGUUCUUCACCCAUGCCCAGAGCAUCUGCUACUUCCUGCAGAAUGAGGUCUGGCAGCAGCGAGCCCAAGACACCGUCCUCAGGCUGACAUCUGCUUCCGAGGACGUGGCCCACCAGCUGGAGUCCACCCACCUGCUUGCCGAGGAGACGGCCCGUGCCCAGCAGGACACCUUGCGCUCCCAGGAACAGAUCCUGCGAGCGGGAGAGCUGCUGCGGCAGACACUUCAGGACUCUUCCCAAGGUGUCCGUCAAGCCUUCCAAGACUUGCAAGAAUCAUCUGUUGAACAGCGGGUGGUGUUUGCUGAAAUCUUCAACCACGUGGCGUUCCUGCACCGCUUUGUGGUGGGGAAGUCCAACGCUGUCUACUCCGUCCUCUUCCAUCUCAUGAGCGUGGCAGUCGUCCUUGCUUUGACCUCCAGCCAACGAACCUCAGGAGCACGAUUCAUCUUGCUGGCUUUGGUAGGAGCCAGCGUUUACCUGGAAAGCGUCAUCUGCAGCCUUCUCGUGGAUAACUCGGAGGGAGGCCAGGAUCUGACGGUAGGACCUCAGUUUGCAAGAACAAGGAGGCAUGAGGUUGAGGUUCAACUCUGGGAAUAUGCUGUGCUUGGAGCAAAGCUCUAG